GGAGGAGGAGGAGGAGGAAGGGAGAGAUUAGCGCGGUGCCGGCUGGCGCAGAGGCGCGGCUGAGCGCUCCAGCGGGAGCCCGGGGCCUGCCUGCGGACCCUGCGGGAGGCAGAGGCGGAAGGAGUGGAGAUGUGGCUGCUCUCCCCGCGCUGAUAACGCUGCCAGCCGCUCGCCCAGGGGAGGGAGACAGGAGGGGAGGGCAGCGAGGUCCGUCCUUCCCGCUGCUCGGCGGACCCAAAGGCUGCCCGUGGAGUCCCCUCCUCUUGCUUUUAUCCCAGCCCCAGAGCAGAAGCCGCCGCCGCCGCCCCCUCUCCCUUCCUGCGCUCUUCCCACCAUGAGCGGGGCUGUUUUCACCUUAUAAAGAUGGCGGUGUGGGAUCGCUACAACCUUUAGACUAAUGACUGUCAGAAACAUCGCCUCCAUCUGUAAUAUGGGCACCAAUGCCUCUGCUCUGGAAAAAGACAUUGGCCCAGAGCAGUUUCCUAUCAAUGAACACUACUUUGGUUUGGUCAAUUUUGGGAACACCUGCUACUGUAACUCCGUGCUGCAGGCACUGUAUUUUUGCCGGCCCUUUCGGGAAAAUGUGUUAUCAUACAAGGCCCAACAGAAAAAGAAGGAAAAUCUCUUGACUUGCCUGGCAGAUCUUUUCCACAGUAUUGCUACACAGAAGAAGAAAGUUGGUGUUAUUCCACCAAAGAAGUUUAUAUCAAGGUUACGAAAAGAGAAUGAUCUUUUUGACAACUACAUGCAGCAGGAUGCACAUGAGUUUUUAAAUUACCUGCUCAACACCAUCGCAGACAUUUUGCAGGAGGAGAAGAAACAGGAAAAACAAAAUGGGAAACUGAAGAAUGGCAACAUGAAUGAAGCUGAGGAGAACAACAAACAAGAACUCACCUGGGUGCAUGAGAUUUUUCAGGGAACACUGACUAACGAAACUAGAUGUUUGAACUGUGAAACUGUUAGUAGCAAAGAUGAAGAUUUUCUUGACCUUUCUGUUGAUGUGGAGCAGAACACGUCAAUUACACACUGUCUAAGAGACUUCAGUAACACAGAGACAUUAUGUAGUGAACAGAAAUACUACUGUGAAACUUGCUGCAGUAAACAAGAGGCACAGAAAAGGAUGAGAGUAAAAAAACUGCCAAUGAUUCUUGCCUUACAUCUCAAGAGGUUCAAGUACAUGGAGCAGCUGCACAGGUACACUAAGCUGUCUUACCGUGUAGUAUUCCCACUGGAGUUACGUCUCUUCAACACAUCUGGAGAUGCUGUCAACUUAGAUCGGAUGUAUGACUUGGUAGCAGUUGUUGUCCACUGUGGAAGUGGACCGAAUCGGGGACAUUAUAUUACUAUUGUGAAAAGCCAUGGAUUUUGGCUCCUGUUUGAUGAUGACAUUGUAGAGAAAAUAGAUGCUCAAGCAAUUGAAGAAUUCUAUGGUCUGACCUCUGAUAUAUCAAAAAAUUCAGAGUCUGGCUAUAUUUUAUUCUAUCAGUCAAGAGAGUGACUUGGCAAACUGUGACAAAUGCGCACAAUGGGGCUGCACAGAAGAGGUGGUGAUGGCCCCCCUUAACCUGCUUUGACACAGACCACAUCUUGUAUGGUUGAACAACAAUACAUUCUGUCUUCUAUUAAAUGGUCUAUGUUAUAUCAACUAUAACCUUCAAUUUUUGACAUGCAGAACUUUGUUUUGGGGAGAAGGAGUUGUUUGUAGUUUGUAAGUCUGAUUGAAGAGUUAAUUGCAGUCAGAUUUUAGUGGAAUUUAUCUGGACUAACAUUUACAGAUAAUAAGAUUUGGAUGUCAACUGUUUAACCCAAUCCAUCUAGAGUAGUAUUUUAUAUAGAAGUGUUCAUUGCAUUUCGUGCAAAAUUGUUUAAAUGUUUCUAAAUGGCUUUGGGUUGUGCUGAAUUACAAAGCAUUCCUUUCCAUAAACCCUGACAUAUACUUACCCAUUUUAAGUGUAAGGAAAAAAAUCUGUUUCAUGAUGAUUGCAAUUUUGGUUGUAUAGGGGAUUUUUUUACAUGCUAUUCUCUCAUAAAAAAAAAAAAAAAAAGGUAUUCUUCUUGCAUUAUUUAAGGUUCAGGUUGUUAAAAUAUUUUUGCAUAACCCCAGGCAUAAAAUUCACAUAGUGGGAUUUAAAUUACAGUGGAACCAAAUAAUUUUGUAUGUCCAGUCACUUUGUUUAUCAUGAGAUAGAGAGAUGAGACUUCACAAUUUACAGAGCACAGGAAUGAAGGAAGUGAGAUGACACAUAUGACAGACAGAUAAAUUCCAUUCAUAGAAAUUGAGAUUACUGUUCUGUUAAAAUAACAUCAUAGGUUAUUUACUUUAUUGAGUCUUAAGAGAUUGCAAUGCUGCUCAAGUAUAACAUAUCCACCAGGACAGACAUUACAUAGUCCAUUUAAGUAAGUAUUGUUUGUACAAUACGUAAGAUGUGGUGUGGUCCUGCAAUUCUCUGAGUAUCUGUAGGUCCAGUUUUCAUUUCUCAAGACAAAGUCCAUUUCUUAGCAACAUAAUGUAAUAAAUAACCAUUAGUUUACACUGGCCACGUUUGACAGCAUUUGGGUCACGACAGAAACAGAGCUCUGGAAUGUCUGAUUGUAAAAAACAUUAAAGGCUUAGUUUUUGAUUUUACUGGGUGAAUUUAGCAGGCAGUACUCAUGCACAGGCUGGUAAAAUUGCUGAACUCACAUAGGGGAAUUUGGCAAAGAGUGACUGUAGGAGGAAGUAUCAAUAGGGUAUGAGAAGAGUUUGAUUGCAGGUUGGAGCAGAGGGGACACUUUGUUUUGACACUCACUCUAUUAUACAAGUCUUGAAAUUGAAUUGUCAGAUUCCUAUUCCAGUGAAGUCAACAGCAAAAACACUCUUCUUGUCUUCAGGGGGACUGCAGUUGGUUCCAGUAUUCCCAAGGAAAUUCUUACAUUCUGCUGGUUAUAUUUCAUUCACUCUCGAAUUUAUUAGAAAAUGUUGCUUUUGGCCCUUUAUUUUCUCUUUAUGGCCAACACUGCAUUUCAAAAAAUGGCUUUUGAGGUGCAGCUAAAUGAUAUAUUUUAGUCUUUUGUAGGAAGAGAAUAGCUUUUUUCAUUGUAAUAGAUUGUGGAUGUGAAAUAUAUUUUGUUAAAUAAUGGUGAAAAUGAGCACUAGCUUCUACUGUAACUCAAGUUCAGUUGGAUUUAUCAAUUGCCAUUUUGUAAACUAAAGAAAUGUAGCACUUUACACUGAAUUAGAAACACAGGUGGACUUUUCAUCUAACAUUAUUUUUGAUUUAUCAUGUUAUUAUAUGGAUACAAGAAAACAGAUGUAGAAUGUAACCCUAGAGUAUUUACUUAGGUGAAUAAUAGUAGUGAUCUACAGAGAUCACAUGCACGAGUGAAGGAUAGUAUGCAGGCUCAAGACAACCAUAAUUUUGAUGUAGCUCUGGUUAUUUAUUGAUGUUAGAAUUAAAUGUUCUGUCUCUGAUGCAGAAGACAGAUAUCUUACAAGGAACUUUAACUUUCACUGAAGCCAGGAAGCUUUCCCAGUGAAAACCUAAACUGGCAAAUCCCUCUUUAAUGGAUUCAUUCUUAAGCAUUCAGAAUUUCUAUAUAAAAAUACAAUAAUCUCUUGCCUUUUAAAAUGGGUAAGGUUUCCUUGUUGUGAAUGAAGGCAUUUUAUAGAUCAGCAUCAACCAGUGCUGGUCCAAGGCUCUGUACUUCACAUUCUACUGGUGAGCAUUCCUAGGGCAUUCUGCAAUUUUAAAACAAGCAACAAAAAAGAACCUCCUAAGGUAUCAUUUGAAUGUUCAGGACUCAGGUUUAUAUAGAGAUUAAUUUUUCAUAAAAGUAUUUUAAGAUCAGUUCAAUUUUAGGAAAUUUUUCCACAUUUCAAUUGACUUAUGUGAAAACUACUUUUUAAUGUUGAUAAUAUGAAUUAAUAUUUCAGUGCUAAAGUACAGGAAAAUAACAUCAGAUUUUCUCCAGCUGCAAGAUAGCUCAGAGUUGUAAAUCAUACAGAUAUCUGCAGUUUGUUGUUGAGAGUAAAAUUACUAGACUAAGUCUUUAAAAAUUUAUGCUAGUCCCUGAAAAGGUCACAGCACUGCUAUCACAGCAGUCCAACAUUAGUGGUCUGACAUCAGCUCUGAAAAAUUGGGGAAUUAUCACUUUAUGCUAAUACCAGGUAAACUAAGCAGAAUUUUACUUCUAUUUAAAAAAAAAAAAAAAAAAGCAGUUACAGUCCUAUAAAUUAUAUCCAGUCUGCAGUGUGCUGAAUGUGUUGACUUCAGCCCCGGAGAAGCUGUUGAUGACUGCUGUAUGAGUAGUGCCCAUAAAAUAGUGCCAUGUGAAGUAUUUUAGUUGUCUAAAUAAAAUGUAAUCCUUUUAUGCUUAUGUAUAGAUUUCCAGUCCCUUGUGAAAGAGUGGAAAAAUAUCUAGGAAAAUAAAAGCUAUUCAGGCAGCACCUAGAAAACAAAAUUGUAGAUGUCUAAUAGUAUGCUGUGCUUCCUUAAAAUUACUCUUUUUAUGGUGUCAUUUUCUAAGUAUAUUAGACCUAAUGACAUCUGAAGUUUUCUGCUUGUUUCACAUACUGUUGCUGAGAUGCAUUGUCCAUUUAUAAUUCUUACUAUGUUCUUACUUAGAAAAAAGAACAUUAUUGUCCUGUCCUAUUUUUCCAUUGAACCCAAAGAAGCACUGCAUCGCUGAUGAAUCAGUUAACUGAGGAGGACAAGCCAGACCUCAACUUUUAUGUUUCACAUGGAACAGGCUGUCAGUAUUUUAUGUAAUUUCUAUUUUGGGGUCAUAGCAGAGGGAGGAAGAAGAGCAGAGUGGUGGAGAAGCCAUACCAGUGAAGCAGAACACCUUGUUGAAAUUAAGUCCGAAAAUUACUCCUGUCACCUAUGUUUGAAUAAUUUACAGUUAUCUCAGAGCAGUAGAUAACAUCUUAAAAUCUUGUUCCUCUAGCAGUUUGAGUAAAGAAAAUAAAGCAGUUGUUGUUUCCUUAGCAUUAGAGUUAGUAAAGAUAUUAAAGGCUUAACUAAGCUGAAACUGAAGUUCACAUUACAUGGUGGGUCCUGAAGUGCUGCCACAACCUGGAUUUUAUCUUCAUACAUGGCACUGCAUUCAUCCAUCUGUUACAGCAUCUUGUACUUUGGACCUGAGCUGACAACUUGCAGCUGGCAGUGAUCUGAUGCCUCUCGACAUCAGACUCUUCUUUCUCUUUUUUGCUGCCUGUGGCUGACAAACUUCAGCAGUAUCUUACAGCUGAACAUGUACUAGAAAUUUUAAGUUUUGGAUGUGUACCUGUUCUUUGCUAGUACCUUUUAUCAGUGUUUGUUUUAAUUUAUUUCUCUUUUGUUGGUCUGUUAUUGUAAUUGUAUAAUAACUUGUGUAGAUAAAAUUACUUGUUUCCUGUUUUAAUUUUUAUGUACUUUGAUUUUUUUUAAAUGUAGUCAACCCAAGCACUUUAAGCAACAAUGUCAAUCUUGUGAAAUUCCAAUCAGCUUAACAUUUUGACUUUGUCUUUUUGCUUUUACAGCUGUUUGCUUGUGAUGCAGCACCUCUAGUUCCAAGCCAAUUUCCAUUUUCAGGCUUGUAGUCCUUGUUGGAUUGUAAAUUUGUGAAGCCCAAAAAGUGUGUUCAUGAAUCUUGCUUCAUACAUAGCCAGGAUGCAGCAUUCACUGUGUCUGCUAUGUAUGUGACGACUUGCACUCUUCACAGCCUUUUUUUUGCACUCUCCCUGCUAACCCAUCUGAGAAUGACAGGAAUAUUUUAAUCUGUGGCACAGUUACCAGUGACUGUAAUUUAGAGAAGCUCCACUUCUCACAGGACAAUCCUCUUUCCCCAAGCACAGGGUUUGCUGUCAGUGAGCUGAUGAUGCAGGUAUUGCCCUCUUUGCUAUUUUAUCUGUGCUUUGUACAGUCUCAAGUAUGAAUAACCCUAAGAGCUGUGCUUAUUCUCAGCCCUUGUGAGUGCUAGAAGGAGAGCAAUCUUUUUCUAUCUUCCGUCCCUCCACUUGGACUCAUAUAAAGGGAAAAGAUAAUGAACUAGGAUAAGUGCUGGUAUGAAAAACCCCAAACAAAUAAACCAUCUGAGAAAGACCCUGGAUGUUUCUCAGAGGCCAGCAUCUGUGGUAUCUGUUAAUGCAAAGGUUAUUCUUAGAUUUAUUUUUUUUUAGACCUCGUAUUCUCUUUGAUCGAUGAAAAAACCAAGUAUUUUUCCUGUUGCAUCAGUUCUGUUGCUGAGGUAUUUCUUCUCAAUAUAACAUGGCACUUAAUAUCUAAAUGGCUCUUGGGAACCCUCAACAGACAGCCUUUUAAUUUCUUUCCAGUUAACAUGCAUUACUUCUAAGAGGCUGCUUGAACCUGUCUGCAAGAUUUAUUCAGAUUAACACACUUCUCCUGCAUAGUAGGUCAGAUCAGGAGGAAUGCACCCACCUGAUGUGACCAUCUGGGCUAAGCCUCUUUAAUGCUUGUUAUUCUUAACCCACUAGGAGGUUUGCUUGCUGGCUUUGUCUGAAUGAUUUAAUAUGAAACUGCACAUAACUAAUUAUUCAUGGCUUCAGAGUUGCUAUAAUUCUUUAAUAAAAAUUCUCCUUAAUUUGGUUAUCAAGUCUGGGACUACUGCACCAUGUGAACAAAACUGUGUGUGCCAUUCAUAGCUGUCAAUUUAAUCCCCUGUUGCAGGUGGCAGUGGCACUAUGUGUAAGAAUAUUAAAAAGGAAGUGACCUUUCUGUGGUAGCAUGGUAGGUCUGUAGGAGGACCUGGAGCUGACAUGCAGUUCCCUAACCCUCAGCUUGUACUCAGCUGAAACUGGUGCUCCAUCUUCUACAUAAUCCUAACCCUUCUCCCAUGGGUUCCUAUGUGGCAGAAGCAAACCCUUUGCGAAGAUGCCAAACCACUUGCUUGCCACAGUUGAUAAUUAAUGAAUAUUUGCAACCUUUCUGUCCAUGCUCCCCCAAACCUCAUGAAUAGUUAUGACAUUCCUCAAAGAGGCUGAACUUAAAUACUGGCUUUGUAUUGUCACUGGUGUUUAUAUUUACAAAUACCCCAGACUGUGUUCACACACUAAUUUUUUUCCCUAGUUCUCUCAGCUCUCAUUCUAACAGUAAGAGCAACACCAAGGGCAGCCAUGUCACAGGUUCAGACGCUUUUCCUGGAGACAAUUUUCUAGCUUCAGUGGCUUUUAUGAAAGACAGCCUAACACAAGGUCCCUAACUUAUCCAUGACUCUGUAGGAUUAAAGUCGCUGUAUGCUGUAAGAUUAUGAGUGUAGUAUAGGGGGAAAAUGAAAGAGAAGAAAUAAAGAAAGGGCUGGGUUUUUUGGAGGCUUUGAGUCUGCUUAUCUGUUUGUAAAUAUCUCUGCCCCUCUCUACCUUGUCAAAACGAUGCAAUCAUAAUAAAACUACUUACAUAUUUUGUGCUGAUUUUUUAAAUGGAGUAAGAGGUAGUAAAAUUAUUAGGCACACAAUUGGGGAUGCAAAAAUAUACUAUGAAUUUUUAGUUAAGUGUACAAUACAUGGUGUAUUUUACAGUUAUCUUCUCUUUUUAAUCAUGUACAUGUAAUUAAACACUGCAUUGCCUGCAGAACUGUAAGAUAAAUCUCAUGUUGGUUAUUAAGGUUGUAACAUAAGAAAACAGUAUUUUCUCCUGUUAACAUGUUUAUAUUUUACAUAAAAUAAACUCCCUAGCUGAUCUUGCUUCCAUUCA